AUGCCUCGUCGAAUUCCUACACAGGUGUCGCAGACAGUGAGUCGCCUACUUGAAGGUGGCUACUUGAAGCAGCAGCCCGCUUGGUACGAAGCCACGCUGCGGUACCCGCCCGCCAUGCCGCCGCCGCAUCAAAGUGUUCAGCGGCCCGAUGAUGAUCUGCCACGUUCGUUGCAGAGUCAUGUACGUCGUCAGCCGCAUGAUGCGGCAGCCAAGGCGCAAGGCCGUUCACGUCUGAAUAUGCACAAGAAGCUGCGUUCUCAACUUCCAGCGCUUCGACCUCAGCCGAUUGUGUACGAAGCGGACCGCAUUCGCCGUCAGUUCUUCCGUGACCACCCAUGGGAAGCCAAGCGUCCCAAGACGCUGGUGGAGACAGACUAUGUUCUGGACACGCAGCCGGAGCCUACGAUCCCUGCGGGCCAACUACCGGAGCUCUCGAUGUGGAGCCGGAUGAACCCCUCGGUGGAAGAUGUCAUUCAAUGCACGCUCAAGACGAGCGAAGUGGGUAACAUGUCGCUCUCGAAAGCGUACCGUCGCACUAUCGCUACGUACCAUGCGAUUCAGGCCGAGCGUGAGCACCAAAUUCGGUAUGCGGUGCUGGAGGCUCGUGCCUGGGGCGCGGAUCUUGGUCCUACGGAGACGGAGCGUGGCUUUAUCAAGGAGAGGGCCGAGCUGGACAAAUGGGCGUCCCUUUCUGCGGACUUGCACCUUCCUGAGGCCAUGCCGGCGUCGACGGCGUCCGACGCGACGACGGCGGGACGUACUAAGCGCACCGAUGGCUCGUUUACCGCUGGUGCAGCGUACAUGACAUCCGCGACGUCUGUGAGCCGCGGUGAGGCGCUAGUCUCGUCGGCGACGGAGACGGGUGCCUUCUCCUCAGCGUCGACGGCUGACGCGGCGACGACGACGACGUCGUCGUCGUCGGACGAUUAUCUUGGUAUUGGCGCAUCGCUGCGUUCUUAG